AUGGCAAAGUCUGAAAUCGACUUGGUCAAGAUCACAAACAAGUACGUCGUUGUCAACAAACCUUCAGGUAUACAAUGCAGCGGCUUUAAGAACUAUGCCCACCAUCUACUACCACAAUUGACAAAGAAAUUUAAAGCAUUGCACCCAGAUAGAACUCUCAAUGCUUCACAAUUCAAGUUAGUACAUAGACUAGACAAGUAUGUUACUGGGGGACUCGUUGUAGCCAGGGACCGCAAAUGGGCUAUGAAAAGCAGUAAGUCAUUGUCUAGUAAAGGAAAUUCACCUGACUCGAUUAUCCGUAGAUAUGUUGGUCUUUUACCUAUUCCCGAAGAUGACAGUCUCAAAUCUGGAUGGAUAACCUAUGAUAUCCAAGCACCUCAAAAAGACUAUAAGGGAUCUACUGAAACCAGAAAGGUGCUCAGCUAUAAAGCUUUAACCAUUUUCCAAAUCUUGGAUGAGCUAAAGCUUCAACCCACCAAAACUCAGCUAAGUAUGUACCCCAAAAUAUAUCUGGGGAAGUGUAUUGUCCCCAUAAUUCUACAGUUACAAACUGGAAGGAAGAAUCAGUUGCGCGAUCAUACGCUCCAGUCAUUCAAUACAACUCUUCUCAAUGAUGACAACUUCGAACAAUUCAAAUACAUUCUGAUGCCGCGGUCUGGGAUAAAUAUUGAUGUAAAUAGCACAAUAUUUAAGUCUAAUCAAAUUGGUUUGCAUUCUGCUUUUAUUGAAAUGCCCGAUAAGGCAUCUUCGGUGCUGUUUGUAUUUCCAAUUUGCGCCAAGCAAGAUCGGGUUCUA